AUGGAGAGGACUAUGCUCGGGGUUUCUCUGAGUGAUCAAUUUAGAGAUAUCCGCAAAAAUUUUGAUCCUAAUCAGCUCUUACCAGAGAAUGAAAAACAAGUAAAUGCUAUUUAUUAUUUGCCGUUUGGUGAAGGUUUGCGCAGCAAUUUAAAGGCCGGCAACGCAUCUGCGAUUCCCUCCCUGGUGUUGCAGUUGUUCAUGGGCGGCGGUAGUCACUUACCAUUAGGUGAGCCGCAUGCUCGUUUGCCCCCAUAA